AUGUCUUCAGAUCAGGAUUUUGUGGAGAAAUUGUUCAAUGCAAGCUUCAAAUUAGCGAGAAAGAGUAUUGAUAUAGCUGAUAACACAACACAUUCAGUAAUAAAUUCAAUAGGAACUAUUAAGGAUAAAAUCUUGGACUCAUCAGAAGUGGAUGUGUUUCAACCAGAGACGGUUACAACAACUAAGGGGAUCUUUUCUGGAAUGUUCCCUGGUAUAAAUUCAGUAGAACCAAUAAAAGAAAAUUGGAUGUAUGGAUUGAGUAUCUCCGCGACUGCAUUAUUAAUUAUAUGGAAAUGGAACAAAUUGCUGACUUUACCAGAUCACAUCCCUCAAAAUGAGAAUCUGUGCGUGUUAGUAUUGGGCGAUAUGAGUGAUCCAAUAAUUAGAUCACAAGUUAUGGACCUUUAUAGAAGAAGAUUCAUUAUAUUUGUUUGUUCUGAAAACUCUUCUAAUUUCAAACAGUUCGAGGAAGAAACAGACUUUAUCCAUCCAAUUAAUCCUGCAUCACCUGGUGAUCUGACUUUUUUUACAGAAUUCAUCACCCAAGUAAGUGACCCACCUAGGAAAUUAGCAUCCAUACUCUUUAUGCCAAAUCUAUCUUAUCAACCCACUGGUGAAUUGUCUGUGGAAAAUAUGCAGCACGAAUUGAAAACAAAUAUUCUAACCUAUUACAGUACGUUAAUUAAAUUGAUACCUCAUUUACCUAAUUCGAAUACCCAAAUAAUAUUGUUCAACCCUAAAUUAACUUAUAAUUUGGGGACCGCUCAUCAUGCAACUGAAUUGUUUAUAUCUGGAUUUAUCACAUCUAUUUUUAAUGCUUUACAAAAUUAUAAAUCAUUAAGCGUUUCUAUGGUAAAUCUUGGAUUAUUCCAAGUGAGAGGACAAUUAUCUAAUUAUAAACAUAUGCGUUUAACAGGAAAUGAUAUAUCUUCUGGUUUGCAUGCACCUAUCUACAAGAUGAUAAUGAGGCAUAAUGGUCACUUAUUACAAAGAUUUGUCGAACAUGUGUGUACAUGUGGGGGCAAAUAUCAAACUUAUUACCUUGGUAAAUUUAGUUACUUAUCAUCUUUACCUUUUGCGCAAUUAUUGAUAAAAUUUCAGAUCUCUGUCACAUCGUCUUUUGAAUUUACAAGGAAAUUCAUAAAAGAAAAAUGGAUUAUGUUUCAUUAG